AUGAGUCUCGAGUUCCUUGAGAACUCCAAACGCGAGAGUAUUAUAUUCCUCGCGCCAAUGGCAGAUGUAAAUGAUUACUCAUUUCGAAAACUUUGCCGACAAAAUGGAGUCUCUCUCUGCUGGACUGGAUUCAUAAAUGCUCAUCAUUGGGUUACUCGAACAAAGCAGCGAGAUCGCGAUGUAUGGUUCACAACUCGAGAUAACGAAAAGAAUCUUGUUGUCCAAUUACUAGGCUCUAACUUAGAAGAACUCGUUUCUUGCGCAAAAGAUGUUGAAAACUUUUGCGAUAUGAUAGAAUUGAAUUGUGGCUGUACACAUUGCUUUGCAAGUCGAAGUGGCUGCGGCUUUUUCUUAAUAGAUACACAAAAACAUAGAGAUUCUGCUUUAAUUCUGAUACAAAACCUUAUUAAGUCAAUUAAUAAGCCAGUUAGUAUUAAGAUUAGACUUAUUUCAGAUGAUAACAGUGUCCCUUCCUUAGAAAGAACAGUUAAAUUUGCUCAAGAUCUUGAAAGAGUCGGUGUUAGUUUAAUUACAGUUCAUGCAAGAACACAACAAGCUGACAAGAAAGGUGAUGUAGAUUAUGAUGCUAUUAAAGCUGUUGUUCAAGCUGUUUCUGUUCCUGUAAUUGCAAAUGGCGGAAUUUCAAGUUUAGAGCAAGCUCAAGAAAUAAUACAGAGAACUGGAGCUUACGCGGUCAUGGCAGGCCAGUGCUUUUUCAAAAAUCCAACUUGUUUAACAACAAAUAAGAAUCCAAAGGAAAUUUCACUUGAAUAUCUAAAUCUUGCGAAAGAAAACAACGAAGACUUACAGAGAUCAAGAAAACAUGUUUAUGCUUUCUUAGGAGAUGUUUUACGCCAACAUCCAGAAUACGGACCUGUUGUAAUGCAACAGAGAACAUACGUUGACUUAAUUGAAUGGGUUAAGUCGAUAGAAAUAUAA